GUAUAGAAAUUACAGCAACUACAAGUGUGUGUGAAUCGGAGAAUACCACUUGUCAUGGUGAGAUAAGUGGAAAACGCUAAAUUAAACGCUGGUGUAAUGUAAAGCUGGCGUGGGGUAAAGCUCCGGUCCUAAGGCACACGGGGAGGUUAGUGUAUGCCCGGCUAUCACAGGGCGCACUACCUCUUCUCUUCUCUCUCCUCUAUCGUUCCCACGGUGACAAAUAGAGGCAGAGUAUUACAGCGGUCUAUCUCUUCUUAGUGCUUCAGUGUCACCGCAUCUAAACCAGCGGCAACGUUCAUAUAAGGCCAGAAAACAGCACAAGAUGACGGCGGGACAAAUGAAGAAGGCGCGGCUGGUGCUGGAGGAUGGCACCACCUUCUCAGGCGAGGUGUUUGGCGCUUCUCAGUCCACGGCGGGAGAAGUGGUGUUCCAGACGGGCAUGGUGGGGUACCCUGAGGCCCUGACAGACCCCUCGUACUGCGGCCAGCUGCUCGUGCUGACCUACCCUCUCAUGGGAAACUAUGGGGUGCCUGACACUUCCAUCCUUGACCAGUUCAGCCUGCCCAAGAACAUGGAGAGCAGGCGUGUGUGGGUGAGCGGCCUGGUGGUGGGGGAGGUGUGCCAGCAACCCUCCCACUGGGCCUCAGUCCGCACCCUGCACCAGUGGCUCCAGAGUGAGGGUGUGUGUGGCAUCCAUGGCGUUGAUACCAGAACACUGACCAAGAAGAUUCGGGAACACGGCUCACUGCUUGGGAAGAUUGUGGUGGAUGGAAGUGAUGACCCGGCUUUCUACGAUCCCAACAAGGUCAAUUUGGUCAACCAGGUGUCCAUCAAGGAGCCCCGAGUGUACAAUCCUGACGGGGAGGUGAAGGUGGUGGCUAUGGACUUUGGGCUCAAGUACAACCAGCUACGGUGUCUGCUGAAGCGACGUGUGUGUGUGACGGUGGUGCCAUGGGACCACCCCCUCGACCCCACACAGUACGAUGGCCUCUUCCUCAGCAAUGGUCCAGGUGACCCUCAGAUGUGCAUCACUGCCGUCGAACACAUCCGCACGGUGAUGGCAGCCAGCACCAUCAAGCCCAUCUUUGGCAUCUGUCUUGGCCACCAGCUGCUGUCUGUGGCCGCUGGCUGUACCACUUACAAGAUGAAGUAUGGUAACCGUGGCCACAACCAGCCCUGUAUGCACGAGGGGUCCCAACGCUGCUUCAUCACCUCCCAGAACCAUGGCUAUGCAGUUGAUACGGCUUCCAUCCCUGCAGAUUGGGCACUGCUCUUCACCAACAAGAAUGACAGCUCCAACGAGGGCAUUGUGCACCGCUCCCUGCCCUUCUUCAGUGUGCAGUUCCACCCUGAGCAUUGUGCCGGCCCUGAGGACUUGGAGAGCCUGUUUGAUGUGUUCCUGGAGGUGGUAAAGCAGACUAGCCAUGGGGUGAUGAAGGAGGCCUGGGAUCUGCCGGCCACUCUCACCUCGCACCUCAGCUAUAAGCCGUCGUCUGAGGUGCCUCAGGCCGAGACUGGGAAACUCCCCAAGAAGAUCCUCAUUCUGGGCUCAGGCGGCCUUUCCAUUGGUCAGGCGGGCGAGUUUGACUAUUCUGGAUCCCAGGCUAUCAAGGCCAUGAAGGAGGAGGGUGUGGAGUCAGUGCUGAUGAACCCAAACAUUGCCACAGUGCAGACCAGCAAGGGCCUGGCAGACAAGGUGUACUUCCUGCCCAUCACUCCCUCCUAUGUUGAGCAGGUCAUCAAAUCGGAACGUCCUGAUGGUGUCCUGCUCACUUUUGGGGGUCAGACGGCCCUUAACUGUGGCGUGGAGCUGGAGCGUGCUGGGGUAUGGUCUAAGUAUGGGGUCCGGGUGCUGGGGACUCCUGUGGCCUCCAUUGUGCAGAGUGAAGACCGUAAGAUGUUUGCUGAGGUGGUGGCGUCUGUCGGGGAGCGAGUGGCGCCUUCUGCUGCUGUGUAUUCUGUGGAGGAGGCACACGAGGCAGCUGAGAGGAUUGGCUAUCCGGUGCUGGCCAGGGCUGCCUAUGCACUGGGUGGUCUUGGUUCAGGUUUUGCCGACAACCCUCAGGAGCUGGCAAAGCUGGCCACCUCUGCCUUUGCUCACUCCCCGCAGCUUAUCAUUGACAAGUCCCUGAAGGGAUGGAAGGAAGUGGAGUAUGAAGUGGUGCGAGAUGCGUAUGACAACUGCAUUACGGUAUGCAACAUGGAGAACAUUGACCCUCUUGGCAUUCACACUGGGGAGAGCCUUGUGGUGGCCCCCUCACAGACCCUCACCAACAGGGAAUAUCAGGUCCUGCGUUCCACUGCCCUGUCAGUGGUGAGGCGGCUUGGUGUGGUGGGUGAGUGCAACAUACAGUAUGCUCUCAACCCAAACUCAGAGGAAUAUUACAUCAUUGAGGUGAACGCCAGGCUGUCCAGAUCCUCGGCUCUUGCGUCCAAGGCCACUGGGUAUCCACUAGCAUACGUGGCGGCCAAGCUAGCUCUAGGAAGGUCACUGCCAGACCUCACCAACUCAGUCACUGCCUCCACCACUGCCUGCUUUGAGCCUUCCCUUGACUAUUGUGUGGUGAAAGUGCCUCGCUGGGACCUCUCCAAAUUCAGUCGUGUGUCUACCAAGAUUGGCAGCUCCAUGAAGAGUGUUGGGGAGGUGAUGGGUAUUGGCCGGUCGUUUGAGGAGGCUCUGCAGAAGGCACUGAGGAUGGUGGAUGAGACACUGUCAGGCUUCGAUCCCUAUGUCAGUGAGGCAGAUGAAAAGGAGCUGACAGAACCGACAGACAAGCGCAUUCUGGUGUUGGCAGCUGCACUGAGGAAAGGCUGGGACAUUGACAAGCUGUACAGCCUCACCAGGAUUGACAAGUGGUUCCUGUACAAGAUGAAGAACAUCACCAACAUGUAUGAGCAUCUUGAGAGCCUGGCUGAGGAGGAGGAGCUGUCUGAAGAUAUGCUGCGGAAGGCAAAGAAACUUGGCUUCUCGGACAAGCAGAUUGGAGGAGCAGCUGAGGGCACAGAGCAAGCUGUGCGCGACCUCAGGGAGAAGCAUGGAAUCUUGCCGUUUGUGAAGCAGGUGGACACGGUGUCAGCUGAAUGGCCGGCUGCUACUAACUAUCUCUACCUGACCUACUGCGGCUCCUCCCAUGACCUCACCUUCCCACCCGGGGCCACCAUGGUGUUGGGGUCGGGAGUGUAUCGCAUUGGGUCAUCGGUGGAGUUUGACUGGUGUGCGGUGCAGUGCAUUCGAACUCUCCGCAAGCUGGGCCACCGCACCAUCAUGAUCAACUACAACCCUGAGACUGUCUCCACUGACUAUGACAUGUGUGACCGUCUCUACUUCGACGAGAUCUCCUUUGAGGUUGUAAUGGACAUCUACAACCUUGAGAACCCCCUUGGUGUGAUCCUGAGCAUGGGUGGCCAGCUGCCAAACAACAUAGCAAUGAACCUGCACCACCUGAAUGCCCAGAUCCUCGGCACCUCCCCCGAGUCCAUUGAUGGUGCCGAGAACAGAUUCAAGUUCUCGCGCAUGCUGGACAAAAUUGGAAUCUCCCAGCCACAGUGGAAGGAACUCACUAACUUGAAGUCGGCACAAGCAUUCUGCGAGGAGGUGGGCUUUCCCUGCCUGGUGCGUCCCUCGUAUGUCCUCUCCGGCGCAGCCAUGAAUGUGGCACACUCCCACCAAGACCUGGAGACUUACCUCAACCAGGCUGCUGCAGUGUCCAAGGAGCAUCCGGUGGUCAUCUCCAAGUUCAUUCUGGAGGCAAAGGAGAUAGACGUGGAUGCGGUAGCAAGUGAUGGAGCGCUGGUGUGCAUGGCAGUGAGUGAGCACGUGGAGAACGCCGGUGUGCACUCUGGUGAUGCCACACUGGUCACACCACCGCAGGACCUCAACUCAGAGACGCUAGCCAAGAUCACCUCCAUCGUGGCUGCCAUUGCCCGGGCCCUGGAGGUAAAUGGGCCCUUCAACAUGCAGCUCAUUGCCAAGGAUAACCAUCUGAAGGUGAUAGAGACAAACCUGAGGGUGUCGCGAUCCUUCCCCUUCGUGAGCAAGACGCUGGACUUUGACUUUGUUGCCUGUGCCACCCGGGUCAUUGUUGGGGAGGAGGUGCUGCCUUCUAAUGUCCUGAGGGGCUGUGGACGAGUGGGAGUCAAGGUGCCACAGUUCAGCUUCUCACGGCUGGCAGGAGCCGACGUGAUGCUUGGGGUGGAGAUGGCGUCUACCGGUGAGGUGGCUUGCUUUGGGGAGAACCGCUAUGAGGCGUAUCUCAAGUCCAUGAUCUCCACUGGCUUUGUUAUCCCUCAGAGGUCCAUCCUGCUCUCCAUUGGCAGCUACAAGCACAAGAAUGAGUUGCUGCCAGCAGUGAGGACUCUGGCACAGAUGGGUUACAAGCUCUACGCAUCGCUCGGCACUGCUGACUUCUACUCAACUCAUGGCAUUCAGGUGGAGCCAGUGGAGUGGGCGUAUGAGAACAUCGCAGAGACAGCCACCAAGGGCCAGCUCUCCUCUAUGGCAGAUUACUUAGCUAGAAAGGAAUUUGACUUGGUGAUCAACUUGCCUAUGAGAGGUGGUGGAGCUCGGCGUGUCUCCUCCUUCCUCACUCAGGGCUACAGGACUCGCAGGAUGGCUGUUGACUUCUCGGUCCCCCUGGUCACUGAUGUCAAGUGUGCCAAGCUGCUGGUGGAGGCUCUGAGAAUGAUAGGUGGAGCGCCAGACCUCAAGACGCAUGUGGAUUGUGUCACUUCCAGAAGAAUUGUGAAGCUACCCGGCCUGAUUGAUGUUCAUGUGCAUGUGAGGGAGCCAGGAGCGACACACAAGGAGGACUGGGCGUCAUGCACUGCAGCGGCUCUGGCGGGCGGCGUCACUCUGAUCUGUGCCAUGCCUAACACUCAGCCUCCCACCAUCGACCUUGAUGCACUCACACUCACUAAGGAGCUGGCAAAUCGUGGGUCUCGCUGUGACUUUGCUGUAUUCGUCGGUGCCUCAACCAACAACCAAGCCACCGUUGCAGAGUUGGCUCCUCGCGCUGCUGCUCUCAAGAUGUACCUCAACCAGACCUUCACCACUCUGCGCCUGCAUGACACCACCGUCUGGCUCAAGCACUUAGAGUCCUGGCCUGCCCACCUGCCUGUGUGUGUGCAUGCUGAGGGCCAGACUACGGCUGCGGCACUCAUGAUGGCACACCUGGCCGGCCGACCCAUCCAUGUGUGUCAUGUGGCUCUAAAGGAGGAGGUGCUGCUGAUUCGCUCUGCCAAGGAAAAGGGCAUGGCAGUAACGUGUGAGGUUUGUCCGCAUCAUCUGUUCCUCACCGCUGAAGACUUGGAUCACCUUGGGCUGAAGGGUGAGGUGCGGCCCAAGCUUGCCUCACCUGCGGACCAGCAGGCACUUUGGGACAACCUGGACAUUAUCGACUGCUUUGCCACGGACCAUGCACCCCACACCAUAGAGGAGAAGAAGUCCAUGCAGCCACCACCAGGCUUCCCAGGGCUGGAGACGAUGCUGCCGCUGCUGCUCACGGCCGUCACGCAGGGGAAGCUGUCCAUGGAGGACCUGAUCAACAAGCUGCACCACAACCCUCGCCGCAUCUUCCACCUUCCACGUCAGCCUCGCACAUACAUCGAGGUGGAUCUUGACGCCCAGUGGACCAUUCCCGAGGUACCACCGUUCAGCAAGGCACAGUGGACACCCUUCGCCGGCAAGAAGGUCAUAGGCAGGGUGCAGAGAGUGGUGCUGAGGGGAGAGGUGGCCUAUGUGGAUGGACAGGUGUUGGUGCCGCCCGGGUUUGGGGAGGAUGUGAGGGAGACCCAGCCCCUGUCCCCACUACCCACCCCAGUACAAGUGGCAGCCCCACCCACCUUCCCCACACAGCCUCAGUACACUGCUCCCACCAACAUCAACCUCCCACAGCCUGCCCAUGCAACAUAUGGGGGCACCAAAAUGUUGCUGAGCUCUGAGUUCCACACACCCACUGAGAUCAUCAUCCCCCAGUCAUCCGUGACAACCCCACAGCUGCUGUCCCCUGCCCGCAAGCCACCACAGCUGCUGCACCGCUCCCAGGAAAUCUAUGGAGAAGUGUUGCCAGAGGUGGGUUUGACAGAGCCUGUGGCGGAGUGGAAAGAGAGCACCACAUCCCGCUCCCGGCCCAGAGAUCACUCACCUCUCCCAGCUGCUGGCAUCCUCUCCACCACAACCACUCAUGGACUCCAGGGGCAACACUUCCUCAGUGUGGAGAACCUGAACAAGGACCAGCUGAACCACAUCUUUGACCUGGCUCAGACCUUCCGUGUGUGCAUCAACAAGGAGCGACCACUGGACCACGUGCUCAGGGGGAAGCUGAUGGCCCUCAUGUUCUACGAGGUGUCAACGCGCACCAACUGCUCCUUCCAGGCAGCCGUGCAGCGUCUUGGCGGCCGCACUGUCACGCUAGACUCCAACACGUCCUCCGUCAAGAAGGGAGAGAGUUUGGAGGACUCUGUCAUCAUGAUGUCAGGAUACUCUGAUGUGGUGGUCAUCCGUCAUCCAGAGCCAGGAGCUGUGGCUCGUGCAGCCGCUGUGAGUCGCCGGCCAGUGAUCAAUGCUGGGGAUGGGGUUGGUGAACACCCAACUCAGGCGCUGCUGGAUGCAUUUGCCAUCAGGGAGGAGAUUGGAACAGUGAAUGGACUGGUGAUCACUAUGGUGGGUGACCUGAAGCAUGGCCGCACCGUGCACUCCCUAGCUCGCCUCCUUACUCUCUACAAUGUACAGCUGCGUUAUGUGGCCCCACCCGGCCUGGGCAUGCCGGACCACAUCAUGCAGUAUGCCACAGCUCACGGGAUCCACCAGGAGGAGUUCAGCAGUUUGGAGGCCGCGCUGCCAGACACUGACGUCCUGUACAUGACUCGCAUCCAGAAGGAGAGAUUCGGCACCCUGGAGGACUAUGAGAGGGCCUGCGGUCACUUCAUUGUCACACCGCACCUCAUGACCCGAGCCAAACGGCGCAUGAUAGUGCUCCACCCGCUUCCUCGCAACCAGGAGAUUUCCCCAGAGUUUGACACGGACCCACGAGCCGCCUACUUCAGGCAGGCAGAGGGUGGCAUGUAUGUGAGAAUGGCCCUGCUAGCAAUGGUGCUUGGCAAGUGUUGAGGUCACAGCUGCUACCAGUGCUGCUGCUACUGCUCCUGCUGCUGUAGUCGUGAUGAGAUCAAUAUGGUAGUGCAACAUGUCUUUCAUAUUCAGGCCAUUAGUGUGGCAACUCAAGCAAAUGUUCUGUGUCCAGAAGUUAAGAACCUUUUCUUGUUUUAUGUUUAAAGUGGUGAGUUACUGAAGUGCCAUAAAUAUGAGGGUGCUGGUAGAUAGACUGUCAUGGUGUUGUCAUCAUUGCCUUGGGUACUUGCUUUGGGAAAUAGUGGGCUUGGUAUGACAGUAUAUAGACAAUAAAACAUACAUCACUGUUAAACUAUACUUACAGUUAUCAUGAAAGGGACUUUAGGUUGCAGUAUUUACAAACAAAGCACGAAAAAUCUCCAUAAGAAUCAGUCAUAGACAAGCCAAUGGCAAUAUGCGACCCUUGGGAACAGGUACACAGACAUGGAAUGGUAAUGCAACUCACUCUCAUUGUGCCAAAUAUAAUCACAUUCCUGAAUGCAAAACAGUCCAGCCAGUUUGUCUUUAGGUUAGAGGUUCCUUCACCAUUAACUUAAACAUUUCUACUAACAGUUUAUGCAUGGUAGUGCUGUACCUCAUCUCAAUGGUACAUAGGUUGUUUCACUUACAUUAGAGAAAUAUCAUUAGCAACAAGCCUCUCAUCAACCCAUACAUUAUGCUACACAGCUCCUGUUUGCCAGAACUAGAAUGUUAUUAUCCUGUCAUCAAGUCACACUUCAUCCAGUCAUGUUCUCUACAUAUUGCCAUUGUACUUAAGCCUGAUAAUCAAAAGCCACACCUGGCCUGCAGUGGGAGGGAGGGAGGGAGGGAGACUGACACAUGACACACGUGCCUUGCUACCAAUGCACUGCUGUGCAUGACAAAAGGUGAAGGAAAAAUAACCAUCUAAAAAUCCGACAUUUUUAGGUAACAUUGUAUCUGGAGUGCCAAAUGAAUCCUGUAAUUUGU